AUGAGCAGGUGGCUCUUCGGAAGCCGCAAGAGCGGCACCCAGCAGUCCGCCAGCGUUUACAAUGAUGUGAAGGCGGGUCUGCAAGCCAUGUACAAGAAGUACUUGUUGCCUCUUGAGUCGGAUUUCAAGUUUCAACAGUUUUAUUCUCCCCUUCUCACCGAUGGCGACUUCGCCGCGAAACCCAUGGUGAUGGUUUUGGGCCAGUACUCCACAGGAAAGACAACCUUUGUGCAACACUUGCUGGAAAGAGACUACCCGGGGCUUCGAAUUGGGCCUGAGCCAACGACAGACAAAUUCGUAGCAAUUAUGGAGGGAAGCACAGACCAGGUCAUUCCAGGGAACACGGCGGUGGUGGACCCCACGAAGCCUUUCAGCCAGCUGUCGAACUUUGGAAAUAUAUUUCUGCAGCGGUUUGAGUGUUCUUUGUUGCCUUGCGUGGUUUUGAAUGGUUUGACCCUAAUCGACACACCGGGGGUUUUGAGCGGCAACAAACAAACCUCCAGGGGUUAUGACUUUGAGGCAGUGGUCCAGUGGUUUGCGGAGAGGGUGGAUUUGAUUCUUUUGAUAUUUGACGCGCACAAGUUGGACAUUUCAGACGAGUUCAGGAGAUGCAUUAAUGCCUUGAGGGGCAAUGACACAAAAAUCCGCAUUGUUCUGAACAAAGCAGACAUGGUUUCUUAUCAGCAGCUGAUGAGGGUUUACGGGGCUCUCAUGUGGUCGCUUGGCAAAGUAAUAUCAUCUCCUGAGGUGGCAAGAGUGUACAUUGGCUCCUUCUGGAACAACCCGUUGCAAAACGACGAAAAUAGGAAACUGUUCGAGGCGGAGGCCAAUGACCUCUACUCAGACAUUGCUCGGGUUCCCCGCGACGCGGCCAUUCGGAAAUUGAACGAUUUCAUAAAAAGAGCCAGACUAGCAAAAGAGAAAUUGGCUUCUUUUGAAUGGAGCAAAAUCCCCCGGCUAGAUAUGAAGCAGCUCGAAGGACUGGAUAAUAUAAUUAGGACACAAAUUCCCAAGCUGAUGUCGCUGUGGGCCUCUGUGCCGCACACUGCAGCGGACGGCUCGCUGGUGGAAGGAAAAGUUUCUCCUUUUCUGGCUCUUACACAAAGUAGCACAACUCCUUCUUGGGCCAUAGACAAAUACCUGCAUCAACCAGUGGACGUAGAGCUCUACAGAGAGGAUUUCGAACGGAUUGGGCCUGACGCUUUGGGACGCGUUGACGGCUCCCAGGCGAAGGUGGACUUGGUGAAAAGCAAAUUGCCGAGUGGCAUUUUGCACAGGGUUUGGAACUUAGCCGAUUUCACCAGAGACGGCUACCUGGACUUGUACGAAUAUGCUCUGGCGCGGCGCUUUAUAGAAAUGAAGCUGCAGGGCCUCGAGCUGCCGGCCUCUCUGCCCCCCAACUUGCUGCCAGCUAAUUUCCAGCAGCAGCAGCAGCAGCAGCAGCAGACGCUGUCACAGACGUCAGCAGGCAGCAUCAGCAACCCACACGCAUUCAACUCCACCCCGUCGAGCGGCGGGGCUGCUCCGGGCAGCAGCUGGGCCCCCCAGACUUCAACAGGGCAAGGGUGUCCGGGUGCCCUGGGGGCCCCCGGCUCAGGGUCUCAGGGGGCCCUGGGUGGGGGCCCCCUGGGUGGGGGCUCCAUGGGGGGCCCCCAUGGGGACGACGCUGCCUCCUCUGGAGCUGUUUCUCACAGCGCCUCUGCAGAAAUAUCCUCGCAGAGUGCCUUUAUGUAG